AUGCCACAGUUAAACCCAGGCCCAUGAUUCCUAAUCCUAAUCUUUUCCUGACUUGUCCUUUUAACAUUUAUCCCACCAAAAGUUUUAAAACACAAAGCAUUUAAUGAACCAACUACACAAACCACAGAAAAAUCUAAACCUAACCCUUGAAACUGACCAUGAACCUAA